CACUUUAUUUUUAUCAGAAUGAAAAAAUAAAGAUGAGAUAGGAAGGUGGUUGUAUUGGUGGGUAGCAUCAUUAGGAAUGAUUCCCCUUCCAUGAAACCCUAAAUGGAACGUUAUGUACAAUUAUUAUCAAGUUCAAAAAUGUGGGACCGGACCACUAUAGGCUAAAAAAGAAGAUUAAAAAGAAUUAAAGAAUAAUUGAGUUUAGUAUUAGUAAUUUAGUAUAAUACUUCUACUUUCCUCUAUUUCUGGCCUGCCUUUUUUUCUCCCAACGUCUCCUUUUUUUAUUUAUUUGAAUUUCAAAUUGAAAAAGAAAAAAAAACAGACACACACAUAGCAGUAGACCAGAACAAUAUUAAUAUUUUUUUAUAGAUUUUUAUUGCAGGUUUUCUGUUAUUCAUUACAUUGUGAUGUUGUUCUACGGUUGUUUAUUGUCUGGUUGAGUCUGCAAAUAGAAUGGGAGAUUCGGCUUGUCUCAUGCAUGGCUUCACAUAUGCUUCUGCUAUACCCAACAAUGAUUCCAAAAAUGGGAACCCCAUGCAGCAUGGUCUUGGGGAAUCAGUUUCAUUUGGAAGGUUUACGACAGAAUCUUUGUCAUGGGAGAAAUGGUCAACGUUUUCGCACAAGAAAUACGUUGAAGAGGCCGAGAGAUACUCUCAGCCUGGUUCCGUUGCCGAGAAGAAGGCUUUCUUUGAGGCUCAUUACAAGCAAAUUGCAGCUAAAAAGGCUGCUGCUGCUUUGCUUGACCAACAAAAUGCUGCUCAAUUAUUACAACCUCCGCAAGUAUUUGGUGAUAAUAAUAAUAAUAGUAAUGCUUAUGAUCAAUCGUAUGUUGAAGUGAAAAUGGAUGUAGUUGAAAUUGGUGAAGAGGGGGGAAUUUCCGUAACACCGUUAAAUGAAGCCUCGAGUGAGAAUCCCGUGAACGAUAAUCGGCUUGAUAAUCUUGAAAAUAAGGACGCGGUUUCUUGUUCAAGGAGUAGUGGAACUACAAUAAUGGAGAGGGCUUUGCUCAAGAAUUCGGUUGCUAGUCAGAAUAUCCCAAUCCCGCCAUCACUGACAUGUAAGAAAAGAUCAGGUUUUGCUUCAAUGAAGUCACCAAUUCAGAGCAAAACAUGGGAAAUUCAAUCUACACCUGCCAAACCUGUGACUCCUCAUCUCAACAAAGAAAACAGUAUUAACAGAAGCACAAGCAAGUCUCGUUUGGAAUCUUUCGACAAGAAAAGAUCCUCUCAAAACUCAUUACGUGCCUUAAUGAACUUACUUCCUAAUAACGAGCCUGAUAAAGAUCCUAAUUUUGCCACCAAGAAAGCUGAAAAGUUAGGGAUUGCACUCGGAAUACCUCAACAAGAUUGUGUGACUACAGCAUCUACUAACGGUGUGUCCACAAAUCCUGCAGCUGCCCCUCAAUCCGAGAAUAAAAGGAUUAAAACACCACUUGAUCCUUCGGUCCGAGGAAGCAAAACUGGUCCUAAAUGGCACAUUUUGUCUGCUGUUUGCUCCAAGCCAUUGAAAGCCCGUCGAAACAAACUACAGUCCCCAGCUUUAUCCACUUCUUCUAUUCUACGAACAGAAGAAAGAGCUUCAAUGAGAAAACAGGAGAAAUCAGGAAACGAAAAUAGGAAAUUGGGGUGUAGCUUUUGCUUCAAAGCUCGCCCCAUAAAAUCACAUGAAAAAAGAUUCCAGCAAGACAACCUCGGACAGCAGUACUAGGAGGAAUCAUUACAAAAAAGAAUCGAAAAAGAAUGUUCUUCAACUGAAAGAAUCCCAUAUGAGAAUGCAUCUCCAAAAUAUUCAGCAGUGAUGAUAGUAUGUGCAUAAUUCAUCGUCUUUGCAGCAAAAAAAUACAAUUUUAUAAAGUGUUGUAUAUCUCAGAAGACUAGAUUUACCCGAAACAAUGCAACUUUUUUUCCCUUUCAGUUCGGUACAUACACAAGGAUUGUUGCUUACUACAUGCUUCUUUUGAAAAUAAUAAAUAUAUGCCAACGUAUCUAUAUUAUACAAGUAUUUUCGGUUA